CGGAAGCCUACCGUUGUCCCUGGUGGAACGACAUCCGAGUAUGAGAUUGAAUGAGAAUAGGCAUAAAGGAAUGACGAGAGGGUAAGGAAAAUAAUGAGUGACUAAGUACAGGGAGCUUGAAGAGAAAAGUCCGUCAAGAUGCCGGAGAGCGGCGGUGUAUCGGAUGGUACCGGGAAGGUCUUGAUGCUCGAGGACCUUAUUGCGGCCAUUGACCGACAUGAGAAGACACCAAGCAAUGUCCCUAAGGUCGACACCUUUCACUUCAAUGGAGAAAGAGUCUUAGACUGGCUGGAUCGGGUGGAACAAGCAUUGGUGGGACUAGUGGAUGCGGUGAAAUUCCAGCGGAUCAUGAGAUAUGUGCUUUAUGGGCACCAUCAGGAGGUGCAGAGGGUGGUCAAUGAUGCCAACGGCAAUUGGGUCAGGUUUAGAGAGGGAAUGCAAAGGAAGUACAGGCUGGGCGAUGACCUGCUAACCUCGGCGGACCUGGAGGCAAUGAACAAAGAUAACUUCACUACGAUAGGGGCCUUUGUACAAGAAUUCAAGAAGAGGGCAAGGAAGGUCCGCGGGAUCUCAGAAGAGACGCAGUGUGUCAUCGUUUUGGGACUGCUUACUGUGUUAGAGGCCCAGGAAUUGACGAGUCAUGGAGGAGGGAGUGCUAAGCUCACCUCGGCCACCAUUGACAAAGGGGUGGAAGAUGGGAGCUUAGACCAGGUGGAGCAGCACCAGGGGAACCAAGGUCAGGGGGAUCAAGGAGGUCAGGGGUACGGAAGAACCCGCUUUGACUGGAGGUCGGCUAUCUGCCAACAUUGCGACCAGCAAGGCCACACUAUAAGGUUAUGUAACAUAAGGCGGGAGGAUGAGAAGAACGGGCUGAUUUCCUCCACCGUGGAUGGAAACAUCUACGACCAGUUUGGGGAGUUUAUUGACAGGAAGCUUGGGGGAGUGAGAGCGGAGGCCCAACGAAGGGCGGCAACCGGACCGCCACCCCCUGCCACGUUCAGGUUAUGGCAGGAGAAGGAAGGACCACCAAUUGGGGUAGAGGAAGUGGGGAGUGAUGAGGAAGUAACUCAGGGGCUACGAGAAGGAGAUAAGAGGGAAGAGCCCAUAAUUAUUGAGUCGGACGACGAGGAUGAGGAAGAAAAGAUGGAACCUUCGUUCGCCUUGCUGGGGAAAAUGGAGGAUCUGUUGGGCAAGAUAGGGAGGUACCAACAGAAGUUGGUGGACCUCUGUAAGGGAGAAAGGGAAUGGAGGUCUAACGUUCCCAAGGUGUUCCUUUAUGACUCUGGCCCGGAGUCAGCGACCGGGCAACCCGGAGUAAAUGUAGUGGGGUCGGGCCCGCGAACUGGGAUGAUGAUGGGACCCCUUACCCCGCAGGCCCGGCUAGCGCAGGCAGCGCGAACGCGAAGUCAGGCCAAGGCCACUGCUAGCCAAGAACCCCCCCGGAGAGAGCUUGAGCCGGGAGGAAGGAAAGAGGCAGGAGAAGUGGAGGAUGAUGACGAUGAAGAGGAGGAAGAUGAGAGGUUGCGCCAGGAAGAGCAAAGGGCUAAGAAAAGAGAGGCUACGGAAGGAGUUGAGUCGGUCUUGCACGAUGUACCGCCUAAGAAGAAGAAAUAUGCGGUCCGGCUGGAAGAAGGGUUUGGCGUAGAGAAGAUGAUGAAGUUGGCAUUGGCUGGAUCGCAUAGCCUAGUGGAAAAUAUGAGGACAAUAGAGGAGGGACCAGGUAGGGUAGAAAGGCAUGAGGAGUUGAUGGGGGGAAUGUAUCUCCUCGUCAAUACACUACUGCAAGAAAACCUUAAUCAAACAGGCUCGUUGAAUCCGGCGGGAAAUGAGGACGAGGUGCCCGAGAGCCAGGACGACGAGUUUGAAGACGGUGAGAUCAAAGAGGUCUUUCGUGCGGAGGAGUAUGAAGGGAUCUACCUGGAGUUGGGACUCCUUCUGUCAUGCGAAAUGUGGCUUAGAGAUGUGAGCGAUAGGGCUCAGAGGAUGAUGCAGAGUUACUUGGUGCGAGAUGACCAUCUUUUCAGAAGGAGAGAAGUGGGGAAUCCCAGGAGAGUCAUCUGCGGUAGGAAUCGUCAGAUUGACGUCAUAGCCGCACUUCAAGAUGACAUUGCAGGAGGGCAUCGAGGGAUACAUGCCACAUACGCCAAAAUAAGUGAGUUGUACUACUCGGAUGGAAUGAUGGACUUGAUUGGGAAGUUCUGUCGAUCUUGCGUGCCCUUCCAGGAGAGAUCCUGUUUGAGACCUGGAGAGCCGUUACAUCCAAGGUUAGAGCGUGAGGUGGGGGCUGUAGUGAAUCUCGAUCUACUUUUCAUGCCACUUGCGGAUCAGGGCUAUAACUACAUCUUCGAUGCGCGCGAUAACCUGUCUGGCUUCGUAGACGGACGUGCCAUUCGUACGAAGGCUGGGCCAGUCUUGGUUAGCUGCAUCGAGGAGUAUCACCUGCGUUAUCCUUUCGUUAAGGAGUUCGUAAUGGACAGGGGAUCGGAGUUUACCUGCCAGGAGGUGCAAGAGCUGCUAUCAAGGUCCGACUUUACGAAGCCAGCCAUGCCAAGAGGAGGGAAGGGGACACGACCGUCACGAAGGCCGUUGGGAGCUUCAGGAGGAUAUGAGCGGCAUGGACCUCGCCAUCGAGAGAGUACUCCGGUGUACGAUGAUGGGGACAUCGAGUUAUUCUUGGACAGCUUCUGGGGGCAUGCAGGGCGUAUGGGCUGGACCUUGGCCCAGGCGAUUGAGAGAUUGAGAGGAGCCGACAGGUUCGAGGAGCCCAUUGCCCGGAUCCGUAGGGAGGCGACGACGAGGCCAGAGGUGAUGCAGGAGCUACGACCCUCGCCUGUGGGACCUGAUGGCAAGCCGAUUCGCCUAGAGAUCGGGAAUGCAGAGGCAUUUAUCCCCGCCUUCGAGUGGUUCAUGCAGGGGCAGGAGAUGUGGAGAGACUUCUGGGAGCAAAGGGGAGAAGAGAUUCCUUCGCCAACAAGAGCCGGAUUCAGGGUAGCAAGGAAAGCGGAGGAGAGGCUGGAUCGCAAGAUCAGGUUCCUAACCAAGACAACUUUUGACCGGUACUUGUUGUUGGAGAGCGAUCUGGCAGGGAAGACGACGAAGGCAGAGGGCCAUGGGCUACGCUUGGAGACGAUGGAGGUAGAGAUCCAGGAGCUCAGGGCUCUGGUGGCUAGUCAGGCUGCCAUUAUUGAGGACUUGAGGCAACAACUUCAAGGGAGAGCGGACAAGGACGAGAGCAGCCGACAGGGAGAGCAGAGACAGCUAGGACAGGGGUUGUCGGGGCAGCCAUCUGCAACAGAGUCUUGCCAGGAGUCAUCCAUGGGGAGAGUUAUCUUGAAACCUGAGGAGGCGAAGGCCAAGAGGGAGGCAGAGAGAGAAGCCUUCGAAUUCAGAGCCCCUACUGAGCUCGCGACUAUAGUAGCAGCGGGCCCAGUCAUGCCAUUGGCAGUUGAGGAGGGGCUACCAUGGUCUAGCAGUGAGACAGCUCAAGGCUCAGCAGAGGGAUUCAUGGACGUGCUCCUUGAGGCAGUGCAUACUAUGCAGGAGGAGGCGAAACUCAGUUUGUUUUCGCCUGAAUAGAGGAUAGAGGAGCCUCUUGAGAGAGAGAUGGGGAUUGAAACAGGGGGUGUCAUUGAGGGCAGACCCCAGAGAUUG